CUCUUGUUUGAGUUGGCAUUCUUUUGACAACUGACGUAAUGAUUUUUUAGUGUCCUAGCUAUUAUCACCUUUUUUAUAUUUAUUAAUUAGUUAACAGUGUAUUCUAAAAAUAAACACGACUUAUAAAGUUGUAUGUUACAAAAAUUUCAAGUUAAAAUGGGCGACGGUUUGAAGUUAUCUAAAGAUAAGCGUCACAGAAGCUCCAGUAGCAUCGCUGGAGUGGUAGUGGAAGGAACGCGCUCUGAAAGGCAAUUAGAUAUACGAGCGUCUAUUCCAGAAGUAGAUGAUCAGUUUGCAAUCGCAGAAGCACGCUGUGAUGAUUUGCAAGAAAAAAUAGAUUUAGUAAAAGUUUUGAAACGAAAAAGAAAAUUAAAAAAACGAAGUACGACCAGAGUAGUUGAUACGGCUCCAGCGGAUGAAAAUAUGCCCUUUAUAAGUGUUCAAACGCAACCGAAAAAGACCCUGUUUAUUACAGAGGUGUCGCAGCAAGCGGCGCGUCUGCGCAGGCUGGAUAUACCGCCGAACCCCACCCGCGGGUACAUUGACCCCGCCACCGUAGAGCAGCACCGCAUGCUCGGCCAAGUGCGCGGCUAUAACCAAAUAUUCCACCCUCAACAAGAGCAGAAUAAACACAAACAAGGUGGGAUGAGAGAACGGCAAUCGUCGUCACAGCUGCAACGUUCGCGUCGAAGUCGCGCUGACGGAGACGCGAUGACGACUUGCGAAGAGGCGCGUGUCCAGAUCGACGAGCCAUAUGGCGUUGCGUGCGGUGCCGACGAUGAGUCCCCCCAUCGCUUCACGCAAGAGUCCUACCCGCAACGGCGUAAUGAUUUGUCAGCUAAAAAUAAGAGACCAGUCGACGACGAUCCAAAGAUAAGGCAGCAGACGAAAACAUCAACAACUGGGCGACGAAGAAAUGUUCCUAGAGAUGUCCCCAAUAAAGAAUCUGCAUGGAGAAGUCAAGAGCCUGAAUUUGUAAAGGAAACUAGGCCUCAGCCUCCAAGCCGACGUCAGCAAGUGAUUCGAGAAGAAUACAGUAUUGCAACGCCGCCUGCGGAAGAGCGGCCCGUAGUAGAACUAUUCAAUAAGACUUUAGCUUCAACGCCUCUGCCACAGCAUACUAAUGCCAAUAAACGACCACCGAAGAAUGGAAACAUAGCAUGCGCACCUAGAUCGGGAGACCAAACCACAGGCCCGCUACGAGAUUUAACAGAAACGAAAAUGGAAUUCCACCGUAACCCGCGGCGUGUGAAGUACCGCAGCCGUGGCUACGAGCUGCCCACAGUCGCGUCGCAGAUGAAGCAGGCCGGCAUGCGCUUCUACGCGGACAACAGAAACACGUCCAAUAUACCGUUUAUCGUCAGCAAGAGCACCGCGCCCUCACACAACAUCGGCGUCAAUAUACAACAGGUGUUAAAUGGAAUUAAAGUGCAACAGCCAGUCUCCGGCAUUCCACCAACUAUUGCACAUCACAUGGGACUGGGACAUAUUCCUACGUAUGGCACACGGAGUGCAGUUGUGGAACCUUCACUGGAUACGCGAGAGAUAAACGCUAUCCGUGCGGGCGGACGGCUGCUCAGACUGCCUUCAUACCGGUACAUGUCGUAUAACCGGCUAUUGGCUUUGUACCGCGAGGGAGACGGCAUGGUGCCGAGGUUCCUGCGCGGAGUCAGUCGGCCGCACUACUUCUACACGUCCAUGUACAACAGUUUAGCGACGAAUCGUGAGGACGGAGAUGGUGCGACAUCGAAGGGGCACGGCGGCGGCGUACACGAUGCCAAGCAGAGUUUGGCAGAGUACGCGGGCCUAUACCGAGAGUACGAACACAUCGAGAAGUGCAUCAAAGACGGUAACCACGAUUCUGAGCUCGAGCAGCGACGAGACGAGCUUUCCAAGAAGCUUGCCGAGAGAGAAGAUCACAUACGCAGGGUUGUAGAAGAAUACCGGUCUGAAGGGGACCAAGUCAGACGCCGCGCAUCAGCAUCCGCGGCCGAAGAAAACUACCGUCACUCCACUUUCAAAUUGAAUCUCGCCGACCCACCCCAGUAACGUAACUAAUGAACAAUGUUUACCAUACUGAAUGAGCGCGGAGCCGCAAAUGUUCUAAGUAGUGAUCGUGACUUUGAUUUUUUUCAUUGAAAUUGUCAGUAAAAAUAUUUAUGAACAAAAAUAUGUUCGGUCACAUUGUUUGAUAGUAAACUAAAAUAUUAUGUAAUAAUAUAAAAACAUGACAGGAAAACCCAAUUCUCGUGUUAGAUUAUUCUCAAAAAGGAGCGUUUUUCGUUUAAAAUGUUUUCUUGUGGUAAAAAUUAAAUAUGAGCACUAUGAUUAAGAACAAUAUUAUCAAUUUCGCGAUUGAGGUCAUCGGCUCCCGCGAACAAAACUGUUAGUAACAAUAUGCCACUGAAUGGAAGCACUAAAUGAAUUGCAAUGAAGACCAUUAAAAUUAAUCAUUGUAUCGCACUUUAAAUACAAAAACGGGACAAUACCUACUGGAAAUAUCAGAAUUCAAUUACUGUGAUCAAUUGUUGUUGUCGGAGGCCUGAUUUUUAUCCUGAGUUGGUUAUAAACUUGUUACUAUUCCGCCUGUAGCUGUGCUAUAACUACAACUUUAUAAAUAAACAAACAUUAAUUCAAAAUAUUGCACUAUUCGUAGCAUUCUUAACUAGUAUCAAACUUAAAUGAGACUGUUUUUUUCACUAACACGGUGAAUAACAAAAAGUGUCACUAAUAGAUUUGGUUUUGUAUAUUGAGUCUCUUUUGUUUUCAAUAUGCGAUAUGGACAAGCCAGACAUGCAGCUUACACGUGUAGUUUUAUCGUAAACUAUGUAAACUAACGUAAACUCUAUUUACUUGGGUUUUAAGCUUCCAAAUUUAUAAGAUUUAAUACUUUAUUAAAAUGUCAUUAACUGCCAGUUCUCUAUGACGAUCAAUAAAAUUUAGUUCUUUUUAUUGGUAGCUCCUCAAUAUACCUAAUUAAAAUGUUCUGGAAGGAUAUUUUGUAUAUUUCUUUGUUGUACCUACUAAAAUUCAUUUUACAAAAUGCUUACACACUUAUCUACUAUGAUUAACUGUAUGUACUUAAAUGUACUUUGUUUAGGUAACAAUUCUGCUUCGUACUACCUUGAGCCGUAAUCGUAUCAGGAAUAAUUGCGAUUUUAAAAGUAAACACCGCUAAAAGAAUUAUUGUUACAAACCUUUGUUUUAUGGACAUCGGGAUAGAUUUCAUAAUACUAUUUAUUUUAACUGACCUUGUCAUAAACCAUUUACAUCUUUUAGAAAAGAUUUAUAAAGGUUUUUAGAUAUUACUUUCUUAUUUGCUAUCUUUACUUUCGUGGACUUUUUCGUUUUGAUGUUUUGUAUUGUAAGCACCUUAUGUGUAUUUAGUCCCCAUUAUUUGCUUAUUAGCAUAUUGCCUCCUUUUGCAAUUUAUUCAACAAUACGUUCAGUACUAAAGCUCCUAUAUAUGAUAUUGAAAACUAUGUUCUAGGAGACGAGAUUUUAAAAUUUUAAGAAAGUAUUAAUUUUUCUAAAUAGUCUUUGCGCUAAACAUAUCCUAACGUAUGCCAAUGAUUUAUUAUUAGUUUGAUUGGCAUGUCAUAUUAAUAUGACCUCUAGGAAUAUUUUGUAACUUACUUUUAAUUAUAUUAACACAAUACUUCUCUCUUCUAUUAUCGGCCUAAAGUUGUAGCCCGACUGCAACUAUAUUACAGCAGACAUAAUUACGUAGAUAGCCAUGACCGGCUAUGUAUUUUAUCAGUAAUUGUAUCUGUAAUAUGGCAAAUAAAACACAUUUUAAGGUGUUCAUAAAAAUUAUUCUUAUUAGUUGUAUUAGUAUGACAAUCGAGAGAUAGAAUAUGUUAACAUAAAUCCUGGUCACGCCCGUCUUUGCUUUGAGACGCAUCGUCGUCCUUUGACAUAGACUUAGUUUAAUAAGGAAACAUAGUCUGGUAGUUCUGAACUUUUUCCAGUAGGUUAAUAUUGUUGUAUUUUGUAUAAAAGUCCUUAUACAUACGUUUGUCAAAGUCUCACACAAUGUAUUUUCUUACGACCAGGGAUCAGUUUUGAAUUUUCAAACGUCUAUUUGAUUGUUACGUCGUAAAUUAUUGCUGUUGUUUUCCAAAAUUAAUUAAAUCGGGACCUUCGAGUAAGUUUCUUAUUCCGAAACUCUUAUCCGUUGUAAAAUAUAGUUAUUUAUUUAUUAUCAGAUACAUACAUGUAGGUAUAUUAUUUAAUAUUUUAGUGCUUUACUCCUUUCCUAUCAAAACACUAACCUAUCUCAGUAAUUGAGGAAGCAAAAAUAGUUUAAAGAAACUUACAGAACGGUCCCGAUGUAUUAUUCAAGCCGACAAUUAUAUUGAGGUCCUAAAAUAAACGCUACUGAUAAAUAAUAUAUUUUUUUUCGAUCUUUUAUUUUAUAAAUUACAUGGUGGUGGGAACAAAAUAAUGAAUAAUAUGUUGAAGACCAAAUAUUUGGUUUGCUUUAGUUCCGAUGAUAAAUUUGAUCUUUCGCAAUACAGUUUUUAUUUUCAUUUUAGGAACCAUCGGUGAAAAUAAUUCGUCCAAGUACAUUUCACGAACAUGAUGGAUAUUAUAACGUUGAAUAAAAUUAUAUAAGAGUUAUUUACACUAAACAUCAACAAUAUAGAUUGAAAAGCGCUAUUUUACAUAUGCAACUUAACUAAAUAUUUCAACUAACAUUUAUACAUUGAUUAAGAAUCGAUUAUGAAUAAUUUAAAAACUUUACACUAUUCUUUGGUGACUACAUCACAUUGAAAACAAAAAAUACAUACUAACAACGAAUAAAGAUACUUAUUUGGCCAUUACGUAAGUACGUUAAUGAAAAACUAAAUACUCGGAAUCACUUGGCGGACUGCCUACGAGUGGAGUGCAGCGAUGGGUCUAGUUGCGCGAGUCGGUGGAGGAGGGCAGGUUCUCGUCGUCAAGCUUGUGCCGGUGCACGUAGGGCUCGGGCAGUAUGGCCCACUCGGCGGGCUGCCUACGAGUGGAGUGCAGCGAUGGGUCUAGUUGCGCGAAUCGGUGGAGGAGGGCAGGUUCUCGUCGUCAAGCUUGUGCCGGUGCACGUAGGGCUCGGGCAGUAUGGCUCACUCGGCGGGCUGCCUACGAGUGGAGUGCAACGAUGGGUCUAGUUGCGCGAGUCGGUGGAGGAGGGCAGGUUCUCGCCGUCGAGCUUGUGCCGGUGCACGUAGGGCUCGGGCAGCGCGGCCCACUCGGGCGCGCCACUGCCGCCCGCCGGCCACUCCGACGUGGACACCUCCGCGGGCCUCUCCGCCGCCUCCGGACACUUUGCCCCACACUCCAGCGAUAGCGGCUUUGGCGUCUCGAUCCUG